UAUAAAAAAAAAUAAUGUCAUUUGAAUUAAGUUAAUUGAAUGUUUUCAAUAAACAUUAUAUAUUUUUGUGGUAAAACAUCGGAAAUAAAGUAUGAUGGAAGUAAAUAAACUUUGCCGCUGCUGUUUAUCUGAGAGUGGAAACAAAGAUAUGAGUGUAACUUACCCUUGGUUGGGAGAAAAAGAAAUAUAUUCCGACAUGUUACAGGAAUGUUUCAAUAUUGUUAUAAGUACAAAACUAGAAAACAGUUUAAUAUGUGAUUUAUGUGUGAAGACUUUACGAGACUCCUUAUGUUUCAAACGAAAAGUACUCCAAUCAGAAACAGAGUUAUUAAAAAGGAUCACAGAUGCCGAAAAUGAGAAGCCAGUAUACGUGAAGGAGGAAAUAGAUCCCGAAACAGACGGCAAUGAAUCGGAUAAUUACUUCUUGAAUGACACAAUCAAAGAAGAAUCACCUCCACCUCAGCCCGUUACAAAGAAGAAAACAAUAUCUAAAAACACAACGAAAACAAAUAGGAAUGUUAAAAAUCUUGUCAACAAAUUCACUUCUAUCGAAUCCUGCAAUAGAUCGGAAAUCAAAUCCAUAAAGCCAAAGGAGUUGAAACUCGUGAAAAAUAGAAAGAUAACAAUAAAAAAUGACCUGAAGAUAAAUCUGUCUUGGACCACACGUACCGCUCACGACAAACGAAAACACAGAGAGAAUCUUCUGACUAUAUUGAAGUACUCAAAUGUGAUACCGUUCAAAAACAAAUCGUUGCUUGGCUUCAUAUGCGGUUACUGUGAUGCAACCUUCCCCGAUCCUCUGGACCUCAGGGUACACACAGAGAAUGACCACGAGAAGGAGAGAUUAGAUUUCAAAUCCUCCUUCGACAUGACUGAAUACAACGUCAAAUUGGACGUGACAGAUUUAUCUUGCUUAUUAUGCUCCGAGAAGAUUGAGAAUCUGAACAAAUUAAAGGACCAUCUCGUCAAAGUUCAUGAUAAAAUAUUCUAUGAUGACAUCAAAGAUCAUAUAAUGCAGUUUAGGUUGAAGAAGGGUGACGUUUUCGACUGUGCCAUGUGCCCGUCUACGUAUGAAACGUUCAAGAUGUUGAAACAGCACAUGAAUAAACACUACAGCAACUAUAGUUGCACGAAGUGUGACACAUCCUUUGCUACCAAGAGAUCAUUGAACGCUCACCAGACGACACACCAAGAAGGCAGCUUCAAGUGUGACCUGUGUGAUAAAGUAUUCUCGAGCAGAACCAAGAAACAAUAUCACGAGAAGACAAAACACUUGGGAGCGAGGAGCAUCAGUAAUUGUCCGUUCUGUGACGUCCCGUUCAGGAGUUACUACCAAAGGAACCAACAUUUGGUCAAGGUCCACAAUUCGGAGGCCCAAUAUAAGUGCAAUGUUUGCAACAAAGGUUACAUAUUGAAAUCUCUAUUGAUGUGCCACAUUAAGAAGAACCACCUGAUGGAAAGGAACUGCCAAUGCACCGAGUGCGGCUACAGGUUCUUCAGUAAGAAAGCGUUGAACGCUCACAUGAUCAAACAUACGGGCGAGCGAAAAUAUGCGUGUGAAGUUUGCCACAAGUCGUAUGCCAGGAAGUACACGCUGAGGGAACAUAUGAGGAUUCAUAAUAACGAUAGGCGGUUCAAGUGCGAUGUUUGCAGCACGGCGUUCGUGCAGAAGUGCAGUUUGAAAAGUCAUUUGCUCUCUCACCACGGCAUUAGUAUGGCAGCGAGCGACAUCCCCACCUCCUAGUCUUCCAAAUGACAAGUGACACUGACAGGCGUCACUCGAUCAAUAAUGACCAUAUUUUUUUUAUUUUUCAAUAAAAACGUGUCAAAUUAAAGUGAAUUUGUAAAUAUUAUUUGUAGUGCAAUAAGUGAGAAUCGGAUAAUCCUGCAAUACUGUCUUAGGUUAUAAAAGAAUAUUUAUUUAUCAUGAUAAUACAUUUUUGAAGGCAUUAUAAUAUAUGCUUUUGUCAAAUAAAAUAUUUAAAUAAAUUUUA